AUUUUUUUUAUUUUUGCAGGCUGCAUGCGCGGCUGCCCGCUCCGCUUCGGCCCAAAUGACCGCAGACGGCUGACGGAUGGACCGGAUCAUGGAUGCAUACUUGGACCAGCAAGUGCCUUUCACGUUAGCAAACAAGUCGCAAGGAAAUGGGCCCCCAAAUAGACUGUUGAUGGCCGCCAAAAGGAAAUGCAUGGACACAGAAUUGCCCCCUCAGGAAUCCGAAGACCUCUUCCAGGAUUUAAGCCAACUCCAAGAGACGUGGCUGACAGAAGCUCAGGUUCCCGACAGCGACGAGCAGUUUGUUCCAGAUUUCCACUCAGAGAACUCGGUGGCCUUUCACAGCCCGCCCGUCACCAUCAAGAAGGAGCCGCAGAGCCCGGGCUCGGACCCCAGUCAGUCGUGCAGCCACAAGCCCAACUUUGGCUACGCCGCAAGCGGAGAGCAGUGCCUUUAUGCCAGUGCCUAUGAGCAGAAAAGGGCCGCCGCAGGGGCGACCAAGCGGUCCUGCCCGGGCAACCCCAUGUCCCCCAUGCAGCAGCAUUAUUCCCCGAAACCCGCGGCGACCGGCCGGCCCGACGCCGGCUACAUGAACCCUGCCGCCGCCUCGCAGCCGCUGCCCAGCAACGCCUACCCCCUCAACGCCAGAUAUCAAGGCCCCGCGGGUGACCCCGUGUGCCCCCAGUUCCCUGCACCCUCGCAGGCCUUUCAACGAAUGCCCUCCACCCCAGCGGGACACGGCAGCGGCGGACUUCCGGGCGGGGGCUACCACCGGCAGCACUCGGACCCCUGCGUGCCCUACCUCCAGCAGAGCUUCAAACAAGAGUACAUGGACCCCCUGUACGAGCGGGCGGGUCACGUGGGGGCGCACUGCGCGGGACCGGGGCAAGGCCGAGGGCGCGGACCCCAACACCCGCACCUGCACCCGCACAGGUUCCCGCCGGCGCACAUGAUGGUCAAGCAGGAGCCUGCAGAUUAUGCCUACGACACAGAUGUGUCUGGCUGUUCUUCCAUGUACCACCACAGUGAGGCCUACGCAACCCCCCAGCCGCCCCCCGAUGGUUACGGGUUUGAGAACGACUCCCGCGUGGUUCCGGAAAAGUUUGAAGCAGGCGAGGUGAAGCAGGAAGCGGGCGGCAGCGGAGGCGGCGUAUUCCGCGAGGGGACGACCUACCAGCGACGAGGCUCGCUGCAGCUGUGGCAGUUCCUGGUGGCCCUGCUGGACGACCCCGGCAACGCACACUUCAUCGCCUGGACCGGCCGCGGGAUGGAAUUCAAGCUCAUCGAGCCUGAAGAGGUUGCCCGAUUGUGGGGGAUGCAGAAGAACCGCCCCGCCAUGAACUACGACAAGCUGAGUCGCUCUCUUCGCUACUACUACGAGAAGGGAAUCAUGCAGAAGGUAAAAAAGGAACAAAGCUGGUCCGGCCUUGCCCGUUUGCGCUUUGUAAACGGCUGCGGUGUAUGCGCUCAGGUGGCGGGCGAGCGCUACGUGUACAAGUUCGUGUGCGAGCCCGAGGCGCUCAUCUCGCUGGCGUUCCCCGACAAUCAGCGGCCCAGCCUGAAGGCCGAGUUCGAGCGCUACGUCAACGAGGAGGACACGGUGCCGCUGUCCCACCUGGACGAGGGGGGCGCGGCCUACAACGCCGCUGAACAUCCCCCUCACGGUGUCCAGCCCUACUCCAAAGGCUACAUGUACUAAACCCCCGCCUCACCAAUCCUUUGCUGUACCCUAAAACAUCUUCAUACCCCCCCCCCCCCCCACCCCAUGCACCUCUUGCACACGCCCUCCCCACUUCACUUGUAUAUACACUACAGCUAUGGUGUUUUUGUUUUAAAUUAAUCUCACGAGGGAGUUUGUUUUCCGAGCCUUCCCGUCACAUCCGAGGCCUCGAAAUAUGACUGUGGAUCAAGAGAUUGCUUAAUAAAUACUCCAAAUUAU